AUGUCGCAGGAUUACGACUUCAUCAAGAACGCUAGUAAACGGAAACGAAAGCAGUCUUUCCAGAAGAAUUACAAUCCUGCUUUGAUGUCUGGAGCGCUACCUUCGCCGGACGCCGAGGCGGACAAGAUGGACAACGAGAUGCAAUCGCGAAAGAAGGCCAAGAAGGAGCACAAGAAGCGGAAAGCAUCAGAGGCGGUCGAAACUGUAGGAACAGGGAUCUCCGAGUCGGCCGACGUGUCUGCCAAAGAAUCUCCAGCUCCUGUCGCAAACGGUGACGAGCCGAACGCGGAUGGAGAACCUAAGCGCAAGAAGUCCAAAAAGGAGAGGAAGGAGGCGAAACGGCAGAAAGAGGAAGCUCGAGACGACUCGGCACGAGGGGCGCACGAGGAAGAGACGGGUGCAGAAGAGCAGGUCAACCAGGAGCUGAAGGAGGCGGCUGCAAAGGCUCAGGUCGACGCCGAAGCAGAAGACGAUUUUGCCGGAUUCGGUUCAGAAGAUGAAGAGGAUGUGACAGAAGAUGCCACUGGCGAGGCGGCAGAUUCGACAGAAGAUCAGGAUGCAGAUGACGAGGAGCAGCAAGAAGUGAGCGGGCAACUGGCAACGAACGACAACCUGGGCGGACCUUCAGACUUACCGUCUGCACUUGGUGUAUCUUUGCCCACCACUUCCGCAGAACCACAGAAGUUCACGGAAUUGAACUUGUCUGACCGCACCAUGAAGGCCAUCGAGGGCAUGAAUUUUGAGAACAUGACCGAAAUCCAGCGACGAGGUAUCCCUCCAUUACUGGCCGGCAGAGACGUUCUUGGAGCGGCGAAGACUGGAUCUGGAAAAACACUGGCUUUCCUCAUUCCGGCCGUGGAGAUGCUUCACUCGCUCAAAUUCAAGCCCCGGAACGGCACCGGUGUCAUUGUAGUCUCGCCCACUCGUGAACUGGCCCUCCAGAUCUUCGGUGUCGCUCGAGAACUCAUGGAGCAUCACUCGCAGACUUUUGGAAUCGUAAUUGGUGGUGCGAAUAGGAGAGCUGAGGCGGAGAAGUUGGCCAAAGGUGUGAAUUUGCUUAUUGCGACACCCGGUCGUCUACUCGAUCACCUGCAGAACACUCAGGGGUUCGUUUUCAAGAACGUGAAGGCGCUUGUCAUUGAUGAGGCAGAUCGUAUCCUGGAAGUCGGAUUCGAAGAUGAGAUGCGUCAGAUUGUCAAAAUUCUACCCAAGGGAGACCGCCAGACCAUGCUCUUCUCCGCAACACAAACCACCAAAGUUGAGGAUCUUGCUCGAAUAUCUCUUCGGCCUGGUCCACUUUACAUCAAUGUGGACCACCAGCAAGAGCACAGUACUGUCGCCGGACUGGAACAAGGCUACGUAAUCUGCGAUUCCGAUAUGCGAUUCCGUCUGCUGUUCACGUUCCUGAAAAGACAUCCUCAAAAGAAGAUCAUUGUCUUCUUCAGCAGCUGCAACUGCGUAAAGUAUUACUCAGAACUCCUCAACUACAUCGAUCUCCCGGUCCUCGAUCUUCAUGGCAAACAAAAGCAACAAAAGCGAACCAACACCUUCUUUGAAUUCGUCAACGCAAAGCACGGCACCCUUAUCUGCACAGACGUCGCCGCGCGAGGUCUCGACAUUCCGGCCGUGGACUGGAUUGUGCAGUUUGAUCCACCUGAUGACCCAAGAGACUAUAUUCACCGUGUUGGACGAACCGCUCGAGGUGCGAAUGCCAAGGGCAAGAGUUUGAUGUUCCUGCAGCCGAGCGAGGUUGGUUUUCUUAACCACUUGAAGGAAGCCAAGGUGCCGUUGGUGGAAUUCGAGAUUCCACCAAAGAAGAUCCUGGACAUUCAGAGCCAGCUUGAGAUGCUGAUCGGGAAGAAUUACUACCUCAACAAGGUAAGCAUUUGUUCUAUACUAUCCUUGAAGCCCAGCUGACCAUUUUCCACAGUCGGCAAAGGACGGCUACCGCUCAUAUCUCCAAGCAUAUGCUUCCCACUCCCUGCGCUCCGUCUUUAACAUCCACAAUCUGGAUCUGAAGAAGGUCGCCAAGGGUUUCGGCUUCUCUGUUCCUCCCAAGGUCGAUAUCAAUCUGGGUGCAAGCAUGAAAAAGCCUGACCAAGCGCGACGAGCGUAUGGAAGUCAGCCGAGGCAGCAUAAAUUCAACAAGCGCCACUAA